UUAGCGACCUUGCUAACCACUUCCUCCGGUCAGAGGACACCAACAUGGCCGCCGUCUUCUGUCGAUAACAUUUCAGUCUCAAUGUUAACUCUUUACAUUAUUAACUAACCGUUACACUGACAGACUAACGAGCCGCACCUAUAGCCACAUUUCCACGCCGACAUGUUCCAGGUAAUCGGCGGCAGGGGCGUCCAGGCGGCCCGGCUCCUCGCACCGAGGAGCGCCGUGCUCGUGGAGGCUGUCCGGGGCAGAAAGUCCCGCACCGACCCGGUGGCCAAGUCCAAAGAGGGGCGAAUCAAAGUGCCGCCUCCGGUGGAUCCGGUGGAGAUGGUCGUCCUCAAGGAGAGAUUCACGGAGUACCAGUUGAUCCUGAGGGCGCUCCGUCUGGAGUUUAAGGAGGAGGUGCUUCGGAAGAAGUACGAGCAGGAGAUGGGCUCCAUGGCGGAGGAGAGGGCGAGGAAGGAGGCGAAGGAACAUCAAGCUCUUAUGGCCUUUAACAACCAGGAGAACCAGCGCCUGCUCCAACUCAGGAUUUUGAGGAUCCAAAAUGAAAAAGAGGAAGCUGAGCGCAAGAAGGUAGAAGCUGCCAUUCAGCGUGAACAAGAGCAGCAAGAAUUCAUCAAGGAAAAAGAGAAGGAGAUUCUAAAGUUGCAGGAGGAUGUGAAGAACUUCAUCACUUUGGAGAACUUGGAUGAGCGUAUAGAAGAAGCUCUGGACAAGCCGAAGAAUUAUAACUUUGCCAUCAACAAAAAAGGCCAAGUUUUUAAAGAGACAACUCUGCAGUGAGACAUGUCCGUCUCAGAAGGUAAACAAAGACAGACGAACAUCAUUCAGGACUGUGAUCCAAGUUGGAAGCUGAUUUUCUUCAACAAAACACAGAAAACAUUCAGUAUGAGAAGAAAUGGAAAACUAAGAACUAUGAGACUUUUUCAUUCGCACAUAAUUUGUAGAUUAAAGUGACUGGGAAUCUUCAUUUCCUUUCCUUUAUUUUUCAUGUUUUUGCUUUAUAUCCUUCCUUAUUUGAGCGCUGUACCACCAUGUGUGUUCUUUUGACCGUGUCUGUCUUCUCAUGAAAUGUAAUGUAUGUAAAGUAAAUGAAUGUUAAUUGGA